GCGACGCAUAUGUACAUUGUACAACAUUAUAAACAAGGUUAUUUGCGUCGCUUUUUUAUAAUAAAGUGACGCAAAUAACUCUUUUGGCUUUAGGUUUUUCUGCGUUUUUUUACCUUAGUUUUUCAUCAGGUACCUACAUUCACUAUACAAAAAGAAAAAAAAACAAGAGUUCUUAAAUUCCAGCGAAUUUCUACAGCAAAACACCCACAAAUUUGUCUCUGAAAUCCAACAAAUACGGCCAAAAAAUUGCGUUUCCCCAGCAAAUUUAACAUCUAAAAUCGCAGUGAAGUCGAAGACCCAUAAUCGGCUGCAAAUCCGAGCAAUUUCGAGCAAAAAUUUAGACCAAAAACCUUAAGAAAUUCGAAGCCUUAAACCCAGAAAAAUUGAUUGUUUCCGACCAAAAAUCCCCCAUUUCGAGCACAAAAUCAACUCAAAAGCAUACAAAUUCGAACCCUAAAAACCCCAAAAAAAUUCAAUUUCGGUCUUCAAGUUCGAUUGGGGGAUUUCGUGGGGGGAUUUCUAGGGUUUUUGGCAGCGACGCAAUAUACCCUAAGAAAUUCGUCCCAUUUCAGUCAUUAAUAAUUUUUGUUCGAAUUUCAGUCAAGAAAUUACAACAACAAUAGGUUAAGUCAAGAAAUUACAGCAACAAUAAUUGUUUGAAUUACGUCUUUUUCUGGGUUCAAGUCAAGAAAUUACAGCAACAAAAAUUCGAGCAAUAACUGAAAUUUUUGAGUGGAAAAAUCGCUUAAUUUCGCCCCAAAAAACCCGAGGAAGUUCAAGCAAAUUACAGCAACAACAAUUGAAGUUCGAUUUCAGCUCGACAUUGUUGAAUUUUUGAAGUCAAUUCCACCUAUGUACUUGGAUGAAAACAAGUCUUUGAUUCUGAAGAUUGUGGAAAGCCAGAAUUCGGGGAAGAUUAAUGAGUGUGCUGAGUAAGCUUUAUUUGCAAACUUUGGCUAUUCUUACAUGAUUCAUAAUUGUGUCUCUGCUUGAUUCUUAAUUAUGCGGAAGUGAAUUCCACAAGUUGCUCGAGGUUCUGGUUGUGGAAAAACGAUUAAGGCGGUAGUACGCAUACGAGAUUGUCUUCACUUGUGUUUGCCGGAUAGGACAUAUGCUUGGCUUCUAGCAAGAUCAAUAGAAGAUGAUAAGAGAAAUCCUUAUUUGCCGGAUGAGAAAACAAGAGAGGUGAAAGAAUCCAUUGUAAGAUAAUUGAGAAAGCAACAAGCUGAAGGAAACUUUGUUCCUAAUAGGCAUGAUGAUAUCUUAUCUCGUGCCCUUGGGAAAAAAGAUCGUAAUGGUCGGGCAAUAGCAUUUGGCAGUGGAAUUGGCAUUAAAGCUGUAUGGGGAUCCGGAGAGAGGCGUAGUGGCCGACGCGGUAGGGAAUUCGGAGAUGAUGAGCUGGAAGAAUUAGAGGCAAGAGUAGCCCGGAGGGUACGAGAGGAGACUAUGCAGGAGAUGGAUUCUAAAAUGGAUUCCAUGGUUCAAGAGAAGUUUAUGUUAUUUGCUAAACAGAUUGGUAUUCAAAUUCCAACUGAAAUGAUAGAAAUGAAUAACAUAGGCCGGACGACUCAACAAAAUCCUAGUAGUUGCCAAUCAGUGGGUGAUGAUCCAUUUGCAAACAUACAGGUAUCCAAUAGUUUGUUAUCUUCAUUACCCGAAGGUGAAACUAUUAAGGUUAAGGCUGAUGCUUGGACCUUUAGUUAUGAAGACAGUAAGGACAUCAUUAUCAAACGUGAAGAUGUCAAUCAACUUCUCACAGGAGCUUGGCUGAAUAUUUCAGUUUUGCAAGUUUUUAUGAUGGCCUUGAGUGACUUACUCGAUACGGAGGAAGUGGCUUCCAUUGGAUUCAUGUGUCCGGAAAUGAUUUCAGAAACCUAUUUGCAUAGUGAUGCUGAUCGUAUCCUACUAUACAUGACACAUGUGAUGGAAAAACAAAAAUCUAAGCAGUUCAUCUUAUGCCCAUACCAUGAAAAGAAUCAUUGGGUUCUUUUGGUCUUAUGCAUGGCUAAGCGUGAAGUCAUCAUCUUUGAUUCUUUGAGGCAGAAGCGAAAUUUAGCAAUUAAGUUUGCAAUGACAAAUGUCCUCAACAAUUGGGUGGACGUGAGUGUGGCUACUACGUCAUGCGUUAUAUGUACGAAAUACUUGAACAUCACCAUAGCAGUGAAGAUCUUAUUCAGGAUUUUUCAAGAACUACACCGUACACCGAGGAGGAGAUAAAUGAGAUCCGAGAUAUUUGGGCAGAGUAUUUUAUAUGUAAUGUUGAACUUUAGAUUUACCACUUAGCGCAUGUUUGACUCUUGUUUUGGAUUAUAGGCUUGAAAUGAAGUAAUUUGGUUAAUUGGUGUUGGGAUGAUGAGUAUAAUGUCUAAGAUAUUGAGAUGUAAAUUAUUGGACAGGUUGUUAAUAUAAUGUCGUCAUUCCCAAUUUUAUGGGUAGGCCAAAUUACAAAGGAGACUCUGGCGAAAUUUACAUUUGCAUUAUUCAAUAAUAUUGCAUUUUAAUUUCAA